CGUCGUCGUCGUCGCCGUCGUCGUCGUCGCCGUCGUCGUCGUCGCCGUCGUCGUCGUCGUCGCCGUCGUCGUCACACGUGUCGAAACUUGUGUGAACGUGCGUUUUGGUUUGUUGGUUUGUUUCAUCGAAACCGUGUUACAAGUUUUACCAAGCGAAACGGUGCGGGUGUACGAACCUCUUUGGAUACAACUUAACAAGAUGUGGUGUCUCGUUAGUCAAGCAAACUCCGUCAUCCUCGAAGUGCAAGUGGAUCCCAAAGCCAUUGGUCAGGAGUGUCUCGAGAAAGCAUGCGACUGUUUGGGCAUUAGCAAGGAGUGCGACUACUUUGGCUUGAAAUACCAGAACGCGAAGGGCGAGGAACUCUGGUUGAACCUGAGGAAUCCCAUAGAGAGACAAACGGGUGGCGGCGUAGCGCCUUUAAGAUUCGCGUUGAGGGUUAAGUUUUGGGUGCCGCCUCACCUGUUGCUGCAAGAAGCCACCAGGCAUCAGUUCUACUUGCACUCCCGUUUGGAGUUACUCGAGGGUAGAUUGAAAGUGUCGGACUGGGCUUCCGUGGCACGUUUGGUCGCUUUGAUAGCGCAGGCCGACACGGGUGAUUACGAUUCGAUGUCACCACCGAACGCGCUCUACUCGCAAUGUUGUCAAAUCCAAACGGCGGAGCCGUGCGAAUCCAGGCCUCAGGACUUUCUCCAUCGGAUAGUUCAACAACACAAGGAGAUCAAGGCGAUGAAAACCUCCACCGCCGAGUAUUGGUUACUGAAGGAGAUAUCCAACUUGGAUACGUUCGGCCAGGAGAUGUUUCACAGCAAAUUCGGGUACAACGGAGUGUCGAUGAUCGGAGUCGGACCACAUGGUAUCACGGUUUAUCGUAAUCACGACGAGGAAACGCAAAACAUACCAUAUACGGCGAUACAGAGCGCAACCACUCAACGUCGAAUGUUUCAUUUAGUUUACCUGUCGCUCGACGGCGAGGAGACGUCGUUAAAUUUCAAAUUAGAUUCGAGUCAAUCCGCCAGUGGACUUUACCGGGCGAUUACCGAGAAGCACGCGUUUUAUAGCUGCGAGACGGUCAGGAGCGCGGUUACGGCGCAAUUUAUACGCGACUUGAAGGGCACCAUUAUCUCGAUAUUCAACGAGGAUUCCACGUUGGGAAAGAAAUACGUGUUCGAUAUUCGUAGAACGUGCCGAGAGGUGUACGACAACGCGCGGCGCGCGCUCUACUGCGAAGCUGCGACCGUUAGCCUGCCAGAGGAGAAGGAAAUUUUGCAGAAGCAGGAUUGCGGAGACUGCGAGGAUCCGAAAUGCAAGGAAUCUCGAGAAUGUCUAACGAGACUGUUGGACGCGAUGCUGUGCCGCAUUUGCAUGGACCGUAGUUUAGACACCGCCUUGUUUCCUUGCGGACACGCGGUAGCCUGUUUGGAUUGCGCCAGACGAUGCGAACGUUGUCCUCUCUGUCGAGCCGACAUCGACCAUUGUCGCACCAUAUAUCUUCCGAUCGAGCUAACGCACGUCGACAAGCACAAUCCGAAAUUGCUCUCGGAAUCCAUCGAACCUAGUUACGGCAACUCUUCUACCGAGGAAAUUCAAAAGAGAAGCUUGGUGGCGGCCGAAAGCUCCGUGGUAAACGCUGACGAUAUUUGAGAACGUCGUUGCAACACGUUUCGCGCUUCUCCAACAUUCUUCUCCAGAAUCUUUGCUUGUCGGAUCGAGAGAGCGCAUUGAGUUUUUCCUCCCGUCUCUACUUAUCCUACUGUCUCUGUCUUUCCCUCUUCUCCUAUUAUUCCUUUGAUUUACGCCAAAAUCGCACGCAUCGACCGCAUUCUAUAUCGUCUUUUCCCGUACAUUCGUGUCGUAUCCGUACGACGAUCGAUUUUUCUUUCUUCUUCUUUCGUUCGUUCCAACGCCGCAAAAACGCGAAUGAUUUGUCGCCGCCACCACCAUCGACGAAGAAACGCGACGUUGCCCGUAACGUUCGAAAAACCGAAGAAUACGACUCUGUUUUAACCGAGCCCUUUCAAAGGCGAAUAAUCCGUAUAACAAGAUCGUGUUCGCCGUCUACGCUUCCUCGUUCGAAUAAUAAGAGUACGCGUGGUUUUCGUUCGGCGGUCAAUCGGGCAUUAACUGAAAUUUCGUUUCAAUGAAUCUAGUUCGUAUAAACAAACUUUUACUGUAUGCCCGUACACACAUACUCACUCUCUCUCUCUCUCUCUCUCGUUUAAAUACGUAUCUACGACGUAAUUGUAAUAAUGUUACACGAUACAUGUAUGUAUACUUCUUAAUCGAGUAAUAACGUUAUCGUCUUAAUCGCGCGACCGAAAAGUGCUAUUAGCAGCGUUGAUCUUUGAAAAACGAUGCUGUCAUUGUUUCCAAGAGAGAGUAGUAUAUUUUAUUUUAUCGAAGAGUUUCGUGCGUCGUGUAUAGAUGUGUUUACUUUUAUCGACAGUUGGACCAACGAGUUUUCUCAUUUUAUUUAAGCGUCGUUUAUUAUGCUUCUCGACACUUUUGUUCCUCUUAGGUAUAUUAUAUCCUCUUUUCUUUUCUCUCUUUCGUACGUACUUUAACUUUGUUUUAGUUACCUAAGGCGGUAGAGCCACCGAGGUUUAUUAAAAUCGAUGACCGUUCGUAUUUUCAAUAUAGCGUAUUCAUUAUGCAUACGCGAUAUGGUUUAUAAAACGACUGCUAUAACGCUCCCCUUCUUCUAGAAGACGUUUCAUCCGAGUCACUCGAAUCUCACGUCACUCGAUCGUUAGGUCAUCCAUUGAUCGAUCGUUAGCGCGAUAAAAUUUUCUUCAUUGAGAGCGACCCGUGAUAAUUGUAUCAAUUUUAUUGUCACGAAUGGCCUACAUAAGUGGAAUUUCCAGCAUUCGAGGAACGGACGAGUUAUCUCUGUUUUGAAACGUCUUGUACAAGAAGGAAACCUUGUUACGGUAAUAUCUGUUUAUAUGUACAUAAAAAAAGUGAGAGAUAACCCCUGGAUAGGGUCAAGCGAGUAAAAGUCACGAGUUCGCCAAAUGUCAAAUCUGAUUUAACAAACUCGGUGCGAAUGCCAUCUUUUAAGUAAGAGAAAAUCGUAAUAAAAGAAAUGCAUAUGUUAAUCGAUGUGCUUUGCAUGCAAAAGACAAUUGACACGAGAUCGAUGAUAGUUCGUUUCGAAGGAGCACACACGAGAAAAGGCUGUUUCCAAUCAAAAGAAAAUAGAAUGCAAAUAUCGUAACAUAUUAUUUAUAUCGUCUACUCGCGAGACAUCGUUCUUCUUUCGCGUCCUCGAUCGACGACUCUUUUAUCGUCCGACAUCCGUGGCUGGCGUUUCAGCAGACUCGAACGCUCGUCGGAACAGAGGAUACCGGGGAGAAUGAAAGUCAAAGAAAUUGUUAUAGUCAUUCAUCAAUGCAAAACAGAUCUAGUUGGUAAUUACUCAUAAGGGAAGAAACAGUAGCAUUAAGUCGACGUAGCGUAAUCCCUUUUUUCCUGACAUUCGUAGCGCUUUACAUCUCUCAUCUAUGUAUGCCAUUUAGUUCCCUUUAGUAUUUUUCUAACCUAUCGUUGUUACGAAAAUCGUGAUUACGCUGCUUUUCUAAGUCAAAUACCGAUCCGAAGGGUUCUACGAAAACGCAAAUGUAAUAGAUAUGCAACAAUAAUAUUCAAAUACAAAGUUAAGCAGACGUAUCGGUGCAUUGUAUUUCUUCAUGGUCGGAAAUAAAAAUAUUUUCUUCGAAAUUCUCCAAUUACGUUGUGUCGACGUUCAACGUUGACGUGCUUUUAUUCGUUAGGUGAUAAUUUUCCAAGCACGCGCUAUAAA